AUGGACGUUCAGUCACUAGAGUCCCGCUUCGAGGGCAUCUCAGUCAACGACGAGAACCACGAUCAAAACUCACACAAAUCAAAGGGCUCCAUCUCAAUCUCCAGUCUAGGGGCCGCCGCUGCAGCCAACCGGUUGAAGCUCCCGUUGCAGAAGCUGCCUGCCAACGCUGCGAAGAAUUCGCUAUACUCUGCCAAUGGCGCCAACACUGCCGCUACCAUUGCAAAGAUCACCCUUCCCUCCCAAGCCGCACAACGAUCCUCCGACUCGGAGCCCCGCCGUUCAGAUCCACAGACUAUGCUAUCGUCCAUUCCUCCACAGCCCUCGACACCCAGACAAUUCCACCUCGGCAUGUUUGAAAUCGGUAAACCCCUCGGCAAGGGCAAGUUCGGAAGAGUCUAUCUUGCGCGAGAACGCUCUAGUGGCUUCGUCUGCGCGCUCAAGGUUCUGCACAAGAUCGAGCUUCAGCAAGGAAAGGUCGAGAAACAAGUCCGCCGAGAGAUUGAGAUUCAGUCCAACCUUGCCCACCCCAACAUCCUUCGCCUGUUCGGUCACUUCCACGACAGCAAGCGCAUCUUUUUGAUUCUCGAGUUCGCCGGCAAAGGUGAGCUUUACAAGCAUCUGCGUCGCGAACAACGCUUCCCGGAAUGGAAGGCCGCCUCAUAUGUUGCCCAAAUGUGCGCUGCUCUCAAAUACCUGCAUAAGAAGCACGUCAUCCACCGCGACAUCAAGCCUGAGAACAUUCUGGUUGGCAUCCACGGCGAAAUUAAGAUUAGUGACUUUGGCUGGUCGGUGCACGCUCCCAACAACAGGAGAAACACCAUGUGCGGAACUCUCGAUUACCUCCCGCCAGAGAUGUUGAAGCCCGGCAAGGACGAGAACUGGUACAACGAGAAGGUCGACUUGUGGAGUUUGGGUGUCUUGACGUAUGAAUUCCUCGUGGGAGAGGCGCCUUUCGAGGAUACUCCUUCCAUGACACAAAAGCGCAUUGCUCGUGGAGAAAUGACUAUUCCUCCAUUUGUGAGCGCUGAGGCAAAAGAUUUGAUCAAGAAGUUGCUUGUGCUGGACCCAGAAAAGAGAAUCCCAUUGCAUGAAGUGGAGCAACAUCCUUGGAUCAUCAAGCACUGUGUCAAGGGCGAGAGAGCAUACAACAGAACCUCUGCCAGUAGCAACAAGCAACGUCCGAGCGAAUGA